UUCAAUAUUAUUCAAGUUUGUUCUAGUUAAGAUGUCUUCUAGUAGUGAUGAAAGUAAAUCUACACUGGAAGAGAAAGAGAAGGCGGAUCAACAUAAAUACUAUAAGAGUGUAUUUCGCAAAUUUGAUAAGGAUAAAUCUGGAGGUGUAGAAUUGAGUGAACUGGCUGAAACCUUAGAGCUAGACGAUGAAAUACCAAGGCACAUAUCAGAAAGAAUAUUUAAAGCUGCUGACAGAAAUAGAAAUAACGUUUUAGAUUUCGAAGAAUUUCGUAACAUGGUCAGAAACGCGUCAUACAAGGAAGUGUUUUCUAGAUACAUAAAUUUGUAUAUUCAGUAUGUUCUUCCAAAACGAAAACAUCAUCUAGUAUAUUCUGAACCCGAUGCUUUAUACGAAGAAAAAUAUACAUGCUGGCCACCACCCAUAGCAUUAAUUAUUAUCUCAGCUAUAGAAUUGACACUGUUUAUUAUAAAUGAAGAACCUGCAGAAUCAAAUAAUUAUGGUGAAAAUUAUCCUAUAGGUAAAAUGCUUAUUUAUGAUCCCUAUAAACGAGAAGAAGCUUGGAGAUUUUUAACAUACAUGUUUGUACAUAUAGGGUAUACUCAUCUAAUUGUGAAUUUAGUAGUCCAACUAUUCCUUGGUUUUCCAUUAGAAAUGGUACAUAAAUGGAGGGUGCUUACAGUGUACUUCGCAGGUGUUUUAGCUGGCUCUCUAGGUACCUCUGUCACUGAUCCUCGUACUUACCUUGCUGGGGCCAGUGCUGGUGUUUACGCUCUUAUAACUGGUCAUAUUGGAACGAUAUAUAUGAACUGGAAUGAAAUGGAUUUUCCACUAAUUCAACUGGGAGUUUUCCUGCUUAUUACCUGUAUAGAUAUUGGUACUUCACUGUACAACAAGUUUUACUUGGAACUCAACGACAAUAUAGGAUACGUUGCGCACGCUUCGGGUGCAGUUGCUGGUCUACUGGUAGGAAUAUGGAACUUGAAGAAUUUUGUGCCUUCCCGAAGAGAAACUUAUAUAUGGUGGGGUGCGGUUACCGUUUACAUAAUAUUUAUGGGUAUUCUUAUAUGUAUAAAUAUAUUUUGGACUGAACAUUUUUUAACUGGUGCAAACACAUGAUGUAUGAUUAUUAUAGUAAUAAUUUUGUUAAGACUGAAUUACUACUGCCAUAUGGAAGGGUUUUAAAAAUAGUAGAAAAUGACAUCAUUUAUAUUUACUUAAGAUUAAGACUGAGAUUUUUAUAUAUACGAGUACACAUUUGUGUGAUAGUGGCAUAGAAUAACAUUUUUUGGGGGGGUUUUGUGAUAGUUAAAAACUAUGAGGCGGUAAAAAUCUGUAUAAAAUAUGUAAUUAAUCUGUUUCUUUUGCUUAAUUCUGUAGAAUUGAAAGUGGUGUUUAAGGUGCUAUAUAUUAAUUACAACGGCUCUUCUCAGGGACGUGAACUCUUCUCAGGGGCGUGAACCCUCACUCGCCUAGGGUCGCAUAACGUCAAAACCAUUAGGCUCGGGCUGCGAACCUUUCCAACCGUACCUUUCUUGAGCAAUAUGAAACCCUAGAUGAGGUUUUAAAAUAUAAAGUUAGGUGUUUUGGGAAAAAGGGUUUAGUUAAUCAAAGUAUAUUGAUUCCAGUGCCCUAUAUAUACUAUUUUAUUUAUUCCGGAUUCUCUUUUUUUCGUAAUAUACGGUAUUAUUAAGGGAAAUAUUUUGACAGGGCCGGCUAUAGGUUAUUUCUUGUAACACAACAAUCUCAGUGAAGGUAAAAUGUAGUACGUACGCCACUGAAUAGAUGCUGAGCUUCCAAUCGUUUCGACAGUCGGGCUAGCUCGAUACUCGAGCUAUAGAACCAGUGGCGCACCUAGGGGCGGUUUUGGGGGUUAAAACCCCUCCCAGGACAUAUAAAGAACAGUAGGAAAAUGUAACUUGUCUUUAAUAAACUAUACAAAAAAAUAUCUGUGCCCAAGCCAAACCCCCCCAGACGAAAAUUCUAGGUGCGCCACUGUAUAGAACUAGAAAAAAUAUGUGAUUUCGUGUGCUGACCAUAAAAAUAAAGUUUAAUGUAUGUAUAAAAAAUAUAUUUGGCAACGCUGAUUAAAUAUUUAAUUUGGCGCUCAUCAGGAUUAGUACAUUCUUUCACGGUUUUUGCUGUAAAUUUUAAAGAACCGCUUAGAUUGAUAUGAAAUUUGGCACACGCAUAGCUAACAUGUCAAAGAAAAAAGUGAUAUGAUGCCGAUGUGUGCUUUUGCCCUGGGGGUGAAUUUCACCCCAUCUCGGGGGUGAAAAAAUAUAUGUCAAAGAUAAGUCCCAAAAUGAAUAAAAUGAUUAAUUCUAAGCAACUUUUGUUCUAUAGUUUUUUCACCAAAUCAAUACUUUUCGAGUUAUUUGCAAUUGAAUAUGUUCAUUUUUCAACAAAAUAACCACGUUUGUAGACGGUUUUUCGCAAAUAACUUAAAACGUAAGCAUUUUGUCGAAAAAAAUAUUCUUAGCAAAACUAUAGCCUAUAAAAAAAGUGAAAAAAACAAUGUAUAUAUUAGGUCUCUAUACCUAGCAAGAGCAGAGUUAUAGCUUAUGAAAAAUACGUUAAUAUUCGAAGAAUUCCAAAUAGAAUAAUUCAAUGUGAAAUAUCCAAAUAAUGAAGCAUUCUUGGGGAAAACACAUUACAACUUUUUUAAAGUGUUUAAAAAAAGGUUUAUUUCUGUUUUUAUAAAAAAAUUUCCAACAUCAAAUGUAAGCAAGUUACGCUCAAAAUAAAGUUGGUCCCUUUUGUUUUGGCAAAAAAAAAUCAGGAAGAUCACCCCCUAAUUAGCAACUUCUCCUAAAAAGUGCUUCGUUUUUUGGUUAUGGCACGUUAAAAUAUUCGAUUUGGAAUUUGACGAAUAUGAACCUAUUUUUCAUUAGCUAUAACUCUGCUUCUACUAGGUAUAGUGACCUAAUAUAUACACCAUGUUUUUCACUUUUUUACGUGCUAUAUUUUUGAUGAGAAUUUUUUUCGACCAAAUACUUACUUUUUAUGUUAUUUGGGAAAAACCUUCUGAAAACGUGGUCAUUUUGUAGAAAAAUUAACAUAUUCACUCGCAAAUAACUCGAAAAGUAUUAACUUAGUGAAAAACUUUAUAGAACGUUGCUUAGAAUUAGUCAUUUUAUCCAUUUCCGGACUUAUUUCGAACAUAUAUUUUUCACCCCCAAAAGGGGGUGAAACUCACCACUAGGGCAAAAGCACACAUCGGCACAAUAUCACUUUUUUUCUUUGACUUGUUUGCUAUGCGUAUGCCAAAUUUCAUGUCAAUCCAAUCGGUUGUUUAAAAUUUAGAGGUUUUGCAAUAUUUUACCUUUAAAGAACGUAUUAGAUCUAAGGCAAGAUCAGAUGAUAGUACAAGAACUUGAAACUGCUUUAUACAUUAAUAUAGAUACGGAAGUAUUAUCGUUAUUUCUUGAAGGCUAUGGCAAUGAAAAGCCAUAUUUGGUCCAGAAAAAAAUUAUCGGAAAAUAUUUCUACAAAUAAUUACCACUAUGUUAUUUGUACCGCUUCAUUUGAGUUAUACAGGGUGAGUCAUGAGAAACUGUACAUACUCCUACCUCGUAUAGAGGCCCCUAUGGGGAAUAACAAAUGACCAUUAAAAAGUGUCUGCUCCCCUUGUUUAAUAAUAUACAGGGCGAGUUUCGCAUUUUGACAGAAAUUUAUAUUCGCCAUAAUUUUUGAACGGUCAGAUCGAUGUGUCUCUUAUUUUGGUCAAUCGUUACACUAUUACCACCUAAUGAACUGAUUUAUUCAAACUAGAAAAAAAUCAGGUCCGGCUUUAAAAAAUUAGUUCGUUUGGGCCUUAGAAAAAAUUUCACCCUGUAUACGCUUUUUGAAAACUCUAAUAUUAAUUUUACAAAUAAGACAAAUAGGCAAUUAAAAUGACAUAUUUAUUUUUUUCCCCACACGAUUACUUAAUUUUUUAUAAAAAAAUCAAAUUUCACUAUGAAUUAAAAAUUUGGUAAAGUGAACCAUAGAUUUAAAAAAAAAUUAACUUUUAUUACAAAAAUUAAUUUUUUUAAACAACUAUUUGAUUUAUGUUACCACCCAAUCAACUGAUUUAUUCAAACUAAAAAAAAUCAGGUGCGGCUUUAAAAAAUUAGUUCGUUUGGGUAUUAGAAAAAAUUUCACCCUGUAUACGCUUUUUGAAAACUCUAAUAUAAAUUUUACAAAUUAGACAAAUAGGCAAUUAAAAUGGCAUAUUUAUUUUUCCCCACACUAUUACUUAAUUUUUUAUUAAAAAAUCAAAGUCAAAAUCGCAAUUUUACCAUAAAAAUAAAAAAAAUUAAACAACCGUUUUUCUUAAAAUUAAAAGUUUCACCAUUUUUUUUUUCUAUAACACGUCUAGAUCUAAAACUCCCCAUAACACUUCUCUUUGGACUCUAUAGUUUAACAUAGACGUGAUCAAAUAGAUAAAUAUUAAAUUUUUUCCCUUAAUUUUUGCGAUUUAACUUUGCAAUUCACGAAGCUGCACCUUUUAUUUUUAAAAAUUCAUAACUUUUACGAGAAGAAGACUGAAAGUCAACAACAAUAAUUGUCAUAGUCUUCACAAUGGUAAGAGAUAUGUGCUGUAAAAAUUUCAGAAAAAAAAUUUUUAAAUAGAUCGUUGUAGCGAGUUAAACCGUGAUUUCAUCUUUUUUUUAUUUUUAGGUUAAAAUGCCGAUUUUGACAAAUUUGAUUUUUUAAUAAAAAAUUAAGUAAUCGUGUGGGGGAAAAUAAAUAUGCCAUUUUAAUUGCCUAUUUGUCUAAUUUGUAAAAUUCAUAUUAGAGUUUUCAAAAAGCGUAUACAGGGUGAAAUUUUUAGUUUCCAAAAGACCAGAAGACCAAAACGAAAUAUUUUGUUAAAGUCGGACCUGAUUUUUUCUAGUUUGAAUAAAUCAGUUGAUUGGGUGGUAAAAUAAAUCAAAUAUUUGUUAAAAAAAUUAAUUUUUGUAAUAAAAGUUCAUUUUUUUAAAUCUAUGGUUCACUUUACCAAACUUUUAAUUAUUAUUCAUAGUCAAAUUUGAUUUUUUUAUAAAAAGAUAAGUAUUCUUGUGGGGAAAAAACAAAUAUGCCAUUUUAAUUGCCUAUUUGUCUAAUUUGUAAAAUUCAUAUUAGAGUUUUCAAAAAGCGCAUACAGGGUGAAAUUUUUUCUAAGACCCAAACUCGCCCUGUAUAUUAUUAAACAAGGGGAGCAGACACUUUUUAAUGGUCAUUUGUUAUUCCCCAUAGGAGCCUCUAUGCGAGGUGGGAGUAUGUACAGUGCCUCAUGACUCACCCUGUAUCAAAAUAAAAACUUGGAUGUGGCACUCACGUAUGGCCAACGAGAGGAAUCAUAACUUUCUUAUCGUCUACGCACGGAGUGAUGGUUUUUAAUUUUUAUUUUAUUUCGAAUUAAUUUCAUUUAUUUCAUUUCGUUUCAAUUUUUCAUUUUAUUUUAAUUUGUUCUAUGAUAUUUUUAUUUAAUUUCUUUUAUAUUAUUUUUUGUUUUAUUUAUUCUUUUUAUCCAUAGCCCGCGAUAAGGAAGAUUUGCUUCCAAAAAAUUGCAUUAUAAAUUUAGUAGCUAUGCUUCUUUUCAUGAGCAUUUUUCAGUGCGUCACAAAUGAUAGAAAAAAAGGUAAGUCCGUGAUAAUAUACAUUCUAGUGACAUGACAUUUUAGUUAAAUCUGACAGUUAUCACAUUUUAUUUGCAAUUUUGCAUAAAAUCAAAUCAAUUGUGUUUAUUGAAUUUAUAAAAUGGUAUUUUCUUUGAUUUGUAUAGUCUUAUAAAUUGUACGGAUCAUAUUCGUAGAUAUAUUAUAUAAUUCGGAAAUAAUGUAUUUUUCGAUUAUAGCGCCAUCUAUUGACAACUAGAAUAUAUGUUAUAAAUGUAACCGACGAAAUGUAAUCACCGACGUGCGUUUUUUUCUGUCGCAUGCAAUUUAAUGCGUUAGAAAGAAAUCAAAAAACUGUGACGCACUGAAAGAUCCUCAUGAGAAAAAGCAUACCUACAUUAAAAUUGACAAGAAAUUUACUGCAUUGCUGGUUAAUAAUAAAUAAGUUAUUUGUCGCCACAUUAGUGCACAAACUAAGAAAUCCAAAAAUUUUUGGCUAUAUUUUAUAAAAAAAAAAUUAUAAUUCCGCAAGAAACGAAUACGAAUACUGAUUAUCUAUUUUUGUUGAUUACUACAAAACUACCCAAAAACAAAUCACUUAGUUUUUGAAUUAGUGUGGCAAACAUAUCUAAAGUUAUAUUCAUAUAAUUUAGUCAUAAAGUAUUAUUAUUUAUUUAUAGUGACACUAUAAAUGUAUUUAAAUUGUCUUCACAAUUAAUUGUGUAUUGAAAAUUUUCGAUAAUUGUAAAUUGUAAAUUUUUGUUAUAAAAAAAUGGAAUAAAAAAUAUUGACAUAA